UUACCCUGAUUUAUGGUGUGGCAGUGUUGUUUUAAAACAAAAAAUACGCAUUGCCUUGUAAAAUAUGUAGAAGACAGUAUUUUGCAUAUAGUCCCAACAAAAAGUUUGUCUGAAAUAACAAAAGAUGAACUUUACUGGGCUCCUUAUAAGAGAUUGGGGUAUUACGAAGCUAAACCCAUGUGCUACAGCAAUAAUCGUCAUUAUCUAGAAUUAAAGAAGAAAAAACUGGAACAUGUGACAGAUUUGGGCAUAGUUACAACAAAAACAAACAAUGCUUAUGAAAACACUGAAAACAAUUAUAAAGUGGAAAACCAAAAAAAUUUAAAGCGAUUAGUUACUGAGAAAGUUAGUUACAAGAAGUCAAAAAACCUGAAUAAUGUGCAAGUUAAUAGUAACAAAAAGACUACUACAGAUGUUUGCCAAAAAAAAGUUCAAAGUCUAUGUAAUCGGAAGAAUACUGCUGUAACUGAAAACAUUCAAAAUAAUUCUACACAUAAACAGCAUUCCUGUUAUUUCUGUAAAAAAUUAUUGUAUCAAUUGCCGAGGCACUGAUUUAGUGUUCAUUACAAGGAGGCUGAAGUGAAAGAACUAUUAGCAAUACAUCCAGAUAAUCCUGUCCGGAAGAACAAACUGCUGAUGAAAAAAAAUUGUAAUAAGGGAAAGCACUAUGAAGAAUGUUAAAUAUGUUCCGUGUCCUUCUUGCUUGGGUUAUUUUAAUAAAAGUAAUUUACGUCACCAUAAAAAAAGAUGUUCUCCACAUAGAGGAGAUAGAUCUUUGCAAGGUAAUUCGAGAAAACUUUUGAAAUACAUUCACGAAAGAGCUUCGCAAACUUUAAGAAAUCAUAUCACACCUAACAUGUUCCAGGAUGAAGUGAGCAAUCACUUUCUUUUUGAUGAGAUAUUAAUAUUGUAUGGCAACUAUCUUUGCAUUAAAUAUACAGAUUCUCAUUUAAAAAAUUAUAUAAGAGCUCAACUACGUUUAUUGGGGCGCUUUAUGAUGCAAAUAAAAAUUUAUAAUUCUAAUAUUAAAUGCUGCAAAUAUCUAAUGCAUCCAUGUCAUAUCGAUACAAUUAGAAAAUCAAUAGACGCUGUAGCCGGUCUAAAUGAUACUACAGGAGUUUACGAACACCCAACAAAUGCCAGGACGUUAAGCACAGAAUUUAAGAAAAUUCUAGAAGUCGUGCAGUCUGAAUGUGACAAAAAAGAAGAUGAUCGCCUAAUGAAAUCAACGAAAUCAUUGUGCCGUCUUUAUAAUUUGGAAGUAACUCCUUACAUCAAUAGUGUUUGCAAAGAAAAGUUACUAGUUUACCAGAAAACGAAGAAAUUGAACAAUACUUACACUACUUAUUAAAUAAGAUUUCUUUACAUUGUACAAAUUUGGAACGAAAAUAUUUAUUUGACGACUGGCAUAAAUUGUCCAAAUAUCUUUUAGUAGCUUUGGUAGUAUUUAAUCGUAAGAGACCCGGUGAAACUCAACGUUUAGAAGUAGAAGAUUUUUAUCAAAAAGAAAGUGUAAGUCAAAAAGACAUGGAAGUACUAAGCGAAGAAGAAAAAUUACAAGCUCAUAAAUAUGUCCGAGUAGCCUUUCGUGGGAAAUUGGGAAAUUCGACAGCAUUAUUAAUAGACAAAUUUGAAAUAUUACCUGGAAUUGAAACAUUACUAAAAUAUAGACAAAAAGCGGGCGUGCACCCAAGUAAUAGGUUUCUUUUUGCAUAUCCAUCAAACAAAGAUAAAUAUAAAACAUAUGAUGUCAUCGUUAUCUACUUGAAGAAAGUGGUAUGAAAUCAGAAUCAUUAACAUUUACUAAUUUGAGAAAACAAUUUGCAACGCAAGUAGCUAAAGGUGCACCAUCUCGAGAAGAAGAACUGAGAGUAUCAAACUACAUGUCUCAUGACUAUAACAUACAAGAGAAAAGAGUAAUGAAAGUAGCGAUUCAUCAGUAGAAGAGAAUAGAAAUCCUCGUAAAAUGAGACGAUGUUCAGGAAUAAAGAGAAAAUAUACUGAAAGUGAUGACUACGUGCCUAGUUCUACAUCAGGAAACGAAGAUGAGGAUUUAGUUCCAAGAGUACAGCGAUACCUAGGUAAAUUCAAGCGUAGAAAAUUAUGGACUUCGGAAGAAAAGACAAUAACUAGAAAUUAUUUUCAAGAUGAAUUUUCUAUGAAACGUCUUGCAGAUAAAGAGAAAAUAAAGAAAUUUAAAGAAAGAUAUGCUGACUUGAUCAGUAAUAGAAGUGUUGCCAUGAUCAGCCAGUGGUUAGAAGGGGAAAUUGCUAAACUUUCACUGAAGGAAGAAGGUGUUCCGGAAAAACGUCCACGAUACUCAACACCCGAAAAGGAAAUUUUAGAAAAAAGUUUGGAGAAGCAUUCUCUGAUGGGCUCGGAACCCUCUAAAAAAGAGUUGGAAGAACUUAUCGACUCAAACGAUAUAUUAAAGAAAAGAACUCCAAAUUCUCUUUUACAAAAAUUUAAGAAUCUUUCGAAAACUAAAAAUAAGAGCUUUUGCGAUGAAUUGAAAACAUGUUACAUUUCAGUUUUUAUAUAGAAAAUAUAGUGUGUAUGUCACUAAACCAUUUUUUCCCUCUAGGGAAUUUUAAGUUAAUAAUUGCUUUUAGUGGGCUACCUAACACUUGAUCAUGUGGGCUUUUACUUUUGUUGAAGUCGCUGUAUAAUCAUUAGUUUAUAAACUUAGUGGUAUAAUCAGAAUAGAUUUUUCCAACACUUUAAAAUAAAUUUAAUUUCUCAAUUAAAUGUUAUUUUCUCAUACACAUAAUUUUUUUGAAACAGAUGUAUCGUCAAAUAAAUUUGUGUACGAUAAAAGAUCUGAUGUCGAAGUCAUAAUAUUUUGUAUUUAUUGAAAACAACAAACUAACACAAAUUGAAAUGUCAUUGAAAAUUAAUGUAGAUACUGUUUAUCAAACUUUGUAAUUCUAACAAAUAGUUUGCAGUUUAACAAUUUAUGGUGCGUGUACUACAAAACACGGCCAGCUAUUAGUUUGGUUGUGUUAUUCUGUGCUAAAAGUUUCCUGUGUUUUCACAGGAAGAUGGAAAACAGAACAUUAAAUAUAUCACAGUUCAUAGAUUGAUCUUCAUUCAGUAUAGUGAAUAAAAGCCCCUCUAGAUAAUCUUCUACAAUAGCACUAUCAAUUUGUUCACACAUUGCGUCCAGGAUAUUAUUUAUGUUGAACAAACUAAACAUUAUUAGUAAAGAACCAAUAAGAAUUUAAAAAUGCUGAUACUGGCUUACUCUUUUAUAUUAAAAAAAAUGCAGGAUCUUCAA